AUGUCAGAAAAGCUAGCUGGUUAUCCAGAAAAGUUAUUGUGUCCAAGCAAAGUUUGUCGAAACUUAAGUCACCAAUGUAUUAACAUUUUGUAUGAACACUUAGUCAUUUAUGGGAUUGAUCCAACAUACAAAAUAUGGUUUCAUCAUGGGGAAGAAUUAUCAAGAGAUGAUGAUGUAGAGACAAUGGAAACAUUUGAUUCUUACAACUUGUUUAGGGCUACAAAUAUUGAUGGUUGUGAUUUUGAAAGUCAUCUAGAAGGUCAUGAUGACACUUUUAUGGAAAAAAUAGAAGAUGCAGACACUCCAUUAUAUCCACAAUGCACUAAAUAUACUAAGUUAUCGUCAAUUGUUGCAUUGUAUAAGGUUAAAACUACCAAUGGAUGGUCUGACAAAAGUUUUGAUGAAUUGUUAAGACUUUUGAAUGAUAUGUUUCCUUUAGAUAAUAUGAUCCCCAAGUCUAUGUAUGAGGUUCAAAAAUUUCUUCGAUUAUUUGAUUUAGGAUAUGAAAAGAUUCAUGCGUGUGUUAAUGAUUGCUGUUUGUUUAGAAAAGAUAAAGAAAACUUGCAAGAAUGUCCAACAUGUGGAACUUCACGUUGGAUGUCAGAUAAGCUGACUAAAAAGGUUCGACAUGGUGUCCCAGCAAAAGUUUUGAGGUACUUUCCUAUAAUCCCUAGGUUGAAACGGAUGUUCAUGUCUAAAAUAAUUUCAAAGGAAUUAAGAUGGCAUCACAACAAUAAAAGUUGCGAUGGAAAAAUGCGUCACCCAGUGGAUUCAGCAGCAUGGGAGCUAGUCAAUGAUAAAUGGCCAUCAUUUUCAAAUGAAGAGAGAAAUAUUAGACUUGGCCUUUCCACAGAUGGAUUUAACCCAUUUAGUAAUUUAAGUUCUAAGUAUAGUGUUUGGCCUGUUUUGUUGCCUGGGAAUGAUAUUGAUAUAUACUUAGAACCCCUCGUAGAGGACUUGAAAUUAUUAUGGAAUGAGGGUGUUGAUGCUCAUGAUGCAUUGGACAACACAAAUUUCAAGUUGCGGGCUAUUUUGAUGUGGACAAUCCAAGAUUUUUCAGCAUACGGGAACCUUGCUGGUUGUAAAAAGAAGGGAUGUUUUAGUUGUCCCCUAUGUGGUUAUGGUACUCAUUCAGAGUGGCUAAAACAUAGUGGGAAGUUUUCAUAUCGAGGUCAUCGGAAAUUUCUUAAAGAAGACCAUCCAUUUCGGAGUAAAAGAAGUUGGUUUGAUGGCAAAGUUGAGCAUGGAAAUCCCCCAAGAAUCAUGAAUGGGACUACAAUUGCUGAACACCUUAAAGAUUUUGUGAAUGAAUUGUAUGUUCGUCACAAUUUGGAUGUGAUGCACAUAGAGAAAAAUGUUUGUGAAAGCAUCUGUAAUACAUUGCUAGAUGUUGCUGGAAAAAGUAAAGAUGGACUAAAAGCUCGCUUGGAUUUGCAACAUAUGGGUAUUAGGAGUGCAUUACACCCACAAGAGAAGGGGACUAGAACCUAUCUUCCUGCAGCUUUACACACACUAUCAAAGCUUGAGAAAGAAUUAUUUUGUAAAAGGUUGUUCUCAUUGAAAGUACCUGAUGGAUAUAGUUCAAAUAUUCGAAAUUGUGUUUCAAUGGAACAAUGCAAGCUCAUGGGCCUUAAGUCACACGAUUGCCACAUUUUGAUGCAACAAUUACUACCGGUGGCUAUAAAAGGAUUGAUGCCAUUGGGUCCAAGAGAUGCUAUAAUAAGAUUAUGCACGUUCUUUAAUCGAAUAUGUCAACGUGUUCUUGAUAGAGAAAGCAUAAUGACAUUAGAAAAUGAUGUUAUUGAAACUUUAUGCUUACUAGAGAGAUUCUUUCCACCAUCAUUUUUUGAUGUCAUGAUUCACUUAGUGGUUCCUAUGCAUUCCUCAACAUGUGAUGAAACUGAUUUGUUGAAAUGGCUAGCAUAUGGACCCAGAAAACAUGCUGCUUCUUACACUGGAUAUAUUAUCAAUGGUCAAAGAUUCCAUGUACAUGACAUUGAGAAGUCCACACAGAAUAGUGGUGUCUCAAUUGAAGCUACAACUAUCUGUAGAUCUAGUGCCAAAGAUGUAUCUCAAGUUCCUAAUUUAGUUUCAUACUAUGGGGUUAUAAGGGAGAUAAUCUUGUUAGAUUACUAUAUAGUUCAGAUUCCAAUUUUCAAAUGUGAUUGGGCAAAUGUCCCUAACGGUGUUAGGGUGGAGGAUAGUCUUACUUUAGUUAAUCUACACCAAAGUCAAUGGUCUGUUGGUAGAGACCCUUUUAUUUUAGCCUCACAAGCUAAACAAGUCUUCUACUCAAGAGAACAUGAUUCUUCCAAUUGGUAUGUGGUGAUUAGGGCACCCCCUAGAGGUUUUUAUGACAUGGAAAAUUAUGAUGAGCAAGAAUUCAUGCCUGUAAUGUCUGAAGUUACUGAAUCUAGAAGAUGUUACACUUGA